GAAAAUUUCCAGUAUAAAUGUGUGUUUUUGUGUGCGUAUGCAUAGCAUGUUUGACACAACAAGAACACAGGCUUUGUGAUUCUUGCGAAGCAUUGGCGUCAUCAAAUUCCUGCUAGAAUUUUACUGUUCUUUCUCUGAUCUAAGUUUUGCACUUUGACAUAGGCUUAAGAGUGGUUAGGUAAGAUGGACACCGGCGCAGUUGAGGACGGCCGCGCCGGCGGCGAGCUGUGUGACAACAGCCGGCAAAACGGUGUCGACGACGCUGAGCUGGGUGAGACCAGCCGGCAGAAGAACGGUGUCGACGACGCUGAGCUGGGUGACAACCGGCGGCGGGAGAACGGCGGCGGGCGCCGCAGUCACGCGCCGGGGUUCGAGGCGAACAAGAACGACACGCUGCUGGUGGUGGCGACGCUGAUCACGGCGCUGACGUACCAGCUGGGGACGAACGUCCCGGGCGGGUACUGGCAGGACGACGCCGCCGACGGGAGCCACGCCGCCGGCGACCCGAUCAUGCGGGACAAGAACCGGCGGCGGUACUGGCUGUUCAUGGCAGCGAGCUGGGCCGGGUUCGGGAGCUCGAUGCUGCUCACGCUGGGGCUGCUCACCGGCGUGCCGUCGAGGUCGCGCGCCGUGCAGUGGCCGUUCCUGGUGUCCUACUCCAGCCUCGUGCUCACGUUCAUCACGUCGCAGUCGCGGACGCCGCUCGCCAUGGACGUGGUGAUCUGGGGCGCCGUCAUGGCCGUGCUCACCGUCGGCAUCAAGUACCGCCGCCUCGACAGGCUCCGCUUCUGGUUCUGCCCACCUGCUCCCAGUUCCCAUGACCAUGACAUGAAUGGCCGCCAGCAGGUUGUAGCUGCCAAAUGAGUGUCAGGAGUCAGGACGCCGCUUCACCGUCGGGGGUGGCUGAUGCGCGCCCCUCCAGUCCAACAGUCCAAUAUACGUAUACGGAGGGGCGAAGCCAGGAUAAAUGGUCACCGGGGUCAGUAUUAACCAGGGUUUAUGUUUUCGACCAAAACCCACCAAAAAUCAUGUAAUUUUGAUGUUUCGACGUGGGACGAAAAGUAUAUUCUGAGCGGAGUUUUGAAUGUUUUUUGAGAAUUCACGACAAAACUAUAUCAAAACUUAUUAAAAUUUGGUGAAAAAUGUCAUAUCGCUACAUUGGAAUCCAACACUAAAUCGGAAAUGUCAUCUAGUUUGUAAUUAAUGAUCUAAGACUAUAUAUAAUACAAAACAAAA